AUGAGCAGUGAACCCGUUGAAGUGUCCAAUGUCUUUGACACUAUUCUCAUUCUGGAUUUCGGAUCGCAGUACAGCCAUUUGAUCACUCGCCGUCUUCGUGAGUGUCAUGUCUACGCCGAAAUGCUUCCCUGCACCCAAAAGAUCAGCGAGCUUUCCUGGAAGCCCAAGGGAGUAAUCUUGUCUGGCAGCCCCUAUUCUGUGUAUGCUGAUGACGCGCCCCAUGUUGACCCUGCUGUGUUUGACCUUGGCGUCCCUAUUUUGGGUAUCUGCUAUGGUUUGCAGGAGAUCGCUUGGACCCACAAUAAUAGGGCUGGUGUCACUGCUAGCUCUGAGCGUGAGUAUGGUCAUGCAACCAUUCAUGUCCACGAGCAGGAGAAUCCUCUUUUUGCCGGUAUUGAUAAUUUCCAGGUUUGGAUGUCCCACGGUGACAAGCUGAGCGCUCUGCCUAAUGGAUUCUCUAUUGCCGCCUCUACUGACAACUCCCCAUAUGCUGCUAUCUCCAAUGUUGAGCAGCAAAUCUGGGGUAUUCAAUUCCACCCCGAGGUGUCUCAUACCACCAAAGGUACCCAGUUGUUGGAGAACUUUGCGGUGAAGAUCUGCGGAGCUUCCACUAACUGGAAUAUGAAGAACUUCAUUGGCACUGAGAUCGAGCGUAUUCGCCAGCUCGUUGGACCCCAUGCUGAGGUUAUUGGUGCCGUUUCUGGUGGUGUAGACUCCACCGUUGCAGCCAAGCUCCUUAAUGAGGCUAUUGGUGACCGCUUCCAUGCCAUUUUGGUCGACAAUGGUGUUAUGCGUCUUAAUGAGGUCGAGACAGUGCACAAGACCCUGACUGCAGGCCUUGGCAUCAAUUUGACGGUGGUCGAUGCCAGCGAAGAGUUUUUGAACAAUCUUAAGGACGUUUCUGACCCCGAGAAAAAGCGCAAGAUCAUCGGUAACACCUUUAUUCGUGUGUUUGAGCGCGAGGCUGCAAAGAUCACCCCCAAGGCUGGUGACGAGAUUGAAUUCUUGCUCCAGGGUACCCUUUAUCCUGACGUUAUCGAGUCUAUCUCGUUCAAAGGUCCUUCGCAAACCAUCAAGACCCAUCACAACGUCGGUGGUCUCCUUGACGACAUGAAGCUCAAGCUAAUUGAGCCCUUGCGCGAGUUGUUCAAGGAUGAGGUUCGUGAGCUCGGUGAGCUUAUGGGCAUCCCUCACGAUCUUGUCUGGCGUCACCCCUUCCCCGGCCCCGGUAUUGCCAUUCGUAUUUUGGGUCCUGUUUCGCCCCCUCAGAUCGAGAUUGCUCGCAAGGCUGAUUACAUCUUCAUCGAGGAGAUUCGCAAGGCUGGUCUUUACGAUAAGAUUUCCCAGGCCUUCGCUUGUCUGCUUCCCGUCAAAUCUGUCGGUGUUAUGGGUGACCAGCGCACUUACGAGCAGGUUAUUGCAUUGCGGGCCAUUGAGACCAAGGACUUUAUGACCGCCGACUGGUUUGAGUUCGACUACCAGUUCCUCAAGACUGUUUCUCGUCGUAUUGUUAACGAGGUUCGUGGUGUUGCCCGUGUGGUCUACGAUGUGACCUCGAAACCCCCUGCCACUGUUGAAUGGGAGUAA